GCGUCCGUGCGUGAGGGCCACGCGACGCAACCCAACCGACUCGCCCCAAGCCCUAGCGCCGCCUCCCCCUCCCCUCCUCCCACUAAAUCAAUCCAAUCCCCUCGAGCUUUCCAUUCCCCGCAUCCCGAUCUCUCGAUCCCUACGCCACCAGAGCUCCGCGCGCGCUUCGCGAUCUCUCGAUCGAUCCGGCUCCCCCGAUCCCCCUCGAAUCCCCUGCUCGUCGAUCUCGCCCCCCUUCCACACCCGCCCUGCGAUGGCGCCGCCGCCGCCGGUAACGGAGGAGGAGGACGACGAAGUGGAGGAGCGGCCGUGGCCGCCGCGGAUGAAGAUGAAGCUGGCUCCCUACGCGAUGUACUGCGUCUUCUCCGGCGCGGGGCCCCGGGGGCAUAUGCUCGGCUGCGCCUACGCCGGGCUCCACUGCGCGCUCCAGUUCGCCAGGUUCCUCUCCCUCUCGCCGGUCGCCGAGGUCGCCGCCCUAUGGGGCCCCGUCCUCCGCGUCCUCCAGUGCCUGUGCUACACCGCCACCGCGCUCAUCAUGUGGGUCUUCAUCCGACACCACAUGAACGUCGACGGGGUCUACGUCGUCGAGUUCGAUCCACCGCCGCAGCUGGCGGCGCCGGCAAGGACGACCGUGGUGGAGCAGCUCCCGCCUCCUCCGCCGGAGAUGGACAUGUGCUAGGUUCGGUUUGGCCCCGUGAGGUAUGUGUUUCCUAACCCGAUUGCAGGUGUUGCUUUCCUUGCUCAAGGUACGUGCACUGCCAUCCCCUUGCCCUUUUCUUUGAUUCAGCAUUUGUUACCGCACAAACGUCUUGGAUCGUCAUACAUACAUUGCUUAAUUGUGCAGCUGCUAGUGUUAGCUUUUCAUGUGCACUAGUUUUUCUGUAACAGAGAUCUGAAAUAUUGCGUUUCAAACAGGAAAACCAUGGGUUUUAUCUAGGUUCCAUCUAGAAUCUGUGUUGCAGAUUGCAAUUAGAUUGGUUGGCACACAUUUCUUUGGUUCAAAAUUGUUGCUGCACACGUCUUGGAUUGUCUUAUUGCUUAAUUGUGCACAUGUGCAUCGGUAUUUCUGUAACUGAGAUCUGAAAUAUUGCGUUUCAAUGGAAGAGAUCUGGAUUUUAGGUUCCAUAUAGUUACCAUCAAAGAUGGCAGUUAGAUGGUUUGGCACAGAUUUCUUUGCUUAUGCGAUUGGAUCUAAUCUGUUUCCAUUUAGUUAGUACCUCAGUAAGUACGACGUGAAAGGUGAAACAUGAUCAAUGUGCUGUUUUGGGCUGUAUUCUGUUUUUAAUUCUUACAAGCUUUUGUCAAAAGAUGCUGAAUUACUGCAAUCAAAACCUGUUGGCACAAUGCUGAAAUCAUUUUGAGUUUUCAAAAGAAAUUGUUUUAACAAAAUGUUUAAUAUCCUGGCCACUAAACUAUUAGUUCAUCUAUUGAUAAAGUAACAUCUUGGAUCGAUCCUUUGGUGGCCAUGAGUGUGGUGUGAUGCCAUGGAAAGUUAAAACCAUGUUAUAUUUUUACUGUUACACAGUUUUCUUUGACAAAUAGCAGUUAUGAUUGUUAUCUUUUUUUGUGAAAUACAUUCUUGUCAUAAUUGAUUGCACGUGCAUGAAAUAGAAGUUAUGAUUAUCAUCUUUUGCUAGCCAUUGCUUUCCUAACCCAUACUUGAAGUUUAUGCUCACUGCAGAUUGUCUCCUUUGUUCCAGGUAUGUGCACUUCCCUUUUCUGCUUGAGUUACGAUUUUGUUCUGUUAUCAACUGCACAGAUACGAAUAUUAGAAUUUUCAUACGCAAUACAUCUUCUGUAAUUGAUUGGACUACAAACAGAUAUAGGGUUGAACUCUACCGGUCGAUGGACUCAGCAUGUCAAUUAUACUAGUUGGGAUAUGUUACUAAAAAUGAAAACUGAACUAUAGUGUAUCGGUCCAAAUAUUUUAUAUCCUGUAGAGUAACUAGAGAUUUUCAAAUCUGAAAUGGCAAUUAGAUGGUUUUGGCGGAACUGCCUCUGCCUCUGGUAGAUUGAAUGAAGUAUCGUUCCAUUCAGUCUAGUUUCCGGGUAGCUGUGGAACACACUUUUGUGAAUUGCAGGUGCAGACUAGUAUAUCUCCCAAAUUUUUGUUAACAGAUGCCGAUUUACUGUUGGGGAUUGGUACUUUGGUUCUGGGUCACUUCGCUUACUGUCUUCGUAGGUUGAAGUUUUUGUUACGAAGACAUGCUUGCGUUGUUUCUUAUUUGUGCAUGAUUUUCUCCAUUGCAGUGCAACAGAGGUGAUGAUCUGGCUUCGCCAGCUGAAGCGAGUGCAGUACGAAGUCGCGGAGCCAAGCCUGGAACGUAUUGACUGAUGACGUACUGCUCGAUUCAGACGUCAACGGAGUGAAGCUGGUGCGAGUGCAAUACGAAGUCACGAAGCCAAGCCUGGAACAUAUUGAGUGAUGAUGUACUGCUCAAUUCAGACGCCAAUGAAAAGCCGGCGUGAGUGCAACAGAGGUGCCUUUAUAUAUGCAGGGGUCCAUGACUCUGUAGAUGGCACCAAUGGCAAGUGUUCUCAGCCGAGAGCUGGGAUCCACAUUUUGGCCCUUUCUUAUGAAAAUUUUGUGCGUA